AUGUCUACAUUUGAGCGCCCUGUUUUAAGUGUCGUUUCUGCUAAUGCUCUGAACAAAAAACACAACUCAGACUUGGGUAACAUCAAACCAACUUUACCAAACCUAAGAUCCAUCAUUUCAUCUAAAUCAUUCUCCAAUUCAAACUAUAGUACCACACUUUCAUCUAUCAAAAAACCAACACCAUCAUCCAAAUACACUAAAAAUGCUGAAAAAUUGAAAUAUAGACUUCAAUUGGCUUAUUAUAAGCUACGCACUGAUCAGGUUUCAGUCCCAAUUGGUGAAAUCAUCAAGAAACAAGAAGCCAAAUUACAAAAACAACAUCAUCAACCUAAAAAACCAAUUGUUACACCUUCUUUAACUCGUCAUAUCAGUUUAUUGGCUGCUUCCACUCCAUUACAAUCCAAUCCAAUCACCAACCAGAAGAAAAAAGUUUCAUUCAAACCAAUCGAAUUACCUCCAACUUCAAAAUUCUCAACAAAUCCAACAAAGACAUCAUCUGCUGCAUUAUCAAGAAUAUCUGAAUAUCAAAGACCUGGUAAUUUAAGAUCAUUAUCUUUACCACAAUUGGGUAAAUCAGAUUCUGCUCAUCAACAUCGUUCUUUGAAAAUUGAAGAUUUGGUCAACAACACAACCCAAGCUCGUGUUGAUGUUACCCCAGUUAAAGGUCGUGCUGAUGAAAACGGUGACUUGAUCAUGUCAAGUCCAACUAAAAAACUUCAUUCUUCAACUCCUGGAUCUUAUGGUGCUGCUAAAUCUUUGUUACAAUUAUCAUUGAUCAGCUCCAACUAA